GUUGACAUUCAAAUCUUCAGGUGCAAACUUUGAAUUCAAAGAUAAAAGCGAUAUAUAUAUCCCGUUAUGUUACCUGUAUAUAUUUAAACGUCUCAGGGACUAUGAUAGUGACGGGCAAAUCAUGAUGUGUUUUCUCGGAUUUAUUAGCAUGACUUGAAGAUAUUGAAAGAAAAAAAUGAAGUUUUAUUUUAAAGUUUAAACUGUCGUAGAUGAUAAGAAAAGGAUGCAGUACGUGGAAAAGAAAUCCAACUCUCUACUGGUAUCGUUAGAUACACUACCAAAAGAUAUUUUAGAAAAACUUAAAGACUACAGGUCAAUUCAGGAAGAAAGAAAAGAUGAUGCAGAAGUCGAAGAUUGUUUUAGAAGUAGAUUAUGUGACCUGCCGUCAACUCCGAGGUCAAGAGUUUCAAGUUCACCGUCAACGCCAAGAUCAAAGUUAUCAGACGAUUUAGUUUUCAAAUAUCCACCCUCGUUUCAGGACUUUAGUGAAAAUAAUGGACUUAAAUCACCCAGGAAACAUCUGGAGAGAGCAGGACAUUCACCGUACUCGGAAACCGACCAUUGUCAGUUGUUUGGAGACAAUUCUGAUUGGAUGAUGGCGGAGAGAUUGAAACCCAGAACCCCACCAGUCUCCCCGGACACGUCUUCGAGAUCAUCAACAUGUUCCUUUUCUGACAGAGACCGAUAUCCGGUGCUCAACCGGUCUCCGGAAUCAUGCUUUGUCUGUCCGUCACCAUCGCCGAGAAUGGAAAGGUAUUUACAAUCUCCCAGAUUAGAAAGAACUUCACAGAAACGAUGCAUAUCUCCUCGAAAUCGAUUGGAACAUCAUGAAUUUUUGGAGAAAACACCAGUAAAACAAGUUUCUGGAUCCCAAGACUCUCAGUUACCUGGAAGAUCAAUGACAGGAAGUUCACAUAAAACUGAAUCAAAUUCGGAUCAAUUAUCCCCGGGUUACUAUGCAAGAGAAGUAGUGAAUCGAUCUUCACCUGUAAGAAGAAUACCAGACUUUCCCGCUGACUAUGUUGAUGAAAGACGAGGAGUUAGAAAACAACUUGUUUUUGAAAGCCAUCCCCGCCGACAAGAAGAUAUGUAUUGUCACCGAGAACAGUAUUCCCCGAGGCUAGCGUCAACAUCGAAUCAGCGUUUUGAUUAUGAAGAAGCAGAUGUUUUAGCAGAGCGUCUGAGGGAUCCCGAAUCUACUGCACUGUUGUCUCAAAUCCUCGACCAAUUAGCCAAACGAAAAAGAAAAACGUCUGAAAGGUCUGAUUGUGAUUGUGAUUAUGAAGACAGGUCUGCCAAGAAAAGACGAUCAGAACUGAAACGACAGAUGAACAUGAAUUAUCUGAAACAACUAGAAACAGAUGUUACAGUUCUCAACCAACAACUUCGUCGAUCGGAACUGGAAACCAGACCAGAAAAUUGCUCAUGCGCAAUCAUGGAGAGACAGUUUUUACAAAUGGCCGAAAAUGCUUACAAAAACAUCCGCAGACACGACACAUCUGCCGACGGAUUUGCACAGUUCCGCAAAGAAUUAACUGAAACAAAUCAGAUACUUAAAGACUCAUUAACAGUACUAAACAACAUGAAAGAGUUUUGUGAACACCGCUCUUUGGUCGGUUUGACGUAAUAUAUGUUUUUUUUAUUACAUAUUUAUUUAUUGUUGAAUUAUAUUUAUUGUUAUGUUAUUUAUUUAUUUAUAAAUCAAACUACCCCUCACAACAAUGAGUAGAUCUCUGGGGUUUUAUUUUUACGAUGGUUUUUGUAAAAGCAUAUUAUUUAUUAUUGUAUUUAAAUGCCACCAGGUGGCAGACGGACGAAGGUCUCGUGUCUAAAAAAGGGAGAGAACAUUAUAUAACACAGCAAACUGUGAUACAAAAAAAUCAUGUUUUAACAUCACACAGCCUUCAGUUGUUCUUUUAGAAACAACAUUAUCAGUGUUUUUCACUGAAUUAUCUUUGAAAGAAAACAGACGAUGCCUUCCGAAGAAAAUAUCAAACAGCCGUCCAUUUGUACUUUUUCACAAAGGUCACUAUAAGAAAGAAAAACAAUGUAUCUUUUAUUAUACAAAGUUUAAAAUCGUAACUAAAAGAUCAUUAUCUGUAACGCUGCUGUGUUCUUAACGUCGCGUAUUUCUCUAAUCCGUACCCGGAAGUUGCUAUUCGAACCACGUGAUUCUUUUUUUUUUAACCAACAAGUAAAAUAUAAAAUCACCAAUUACAAACAACAGAAAAUAAUAAACGAACAAGUUAAAAGUGCAUUUUAUUUAUUCAGAUAAUGAUCUUUCAGUGCUUUAUUUAAACUGUCUGUAAGUGACCCUUUAGUGAUAUAUAUUUUAUUGUGUUUUUUAAAUAUUUAUUUGAAAGUGUUCUUUAUACAAUGUGUUCAGAUAAAAAUGUUUCAAAGAGAAUUUUAAUAGCCAUAGAAUGUUUAUGAAAAUAAAGGUAUAAAGUUUGAUGAAAUUAACUGUUCAAAUGCAUCUAUCAUUAUCUACUUAUAUGAAUAUUACUUCAUGAUGGAUAAAAGUUUAGGUUAAACUCCAUGGUUUAUUUGUGUGGAAGAGCACUAACAUUUCUUACUAUAUUGUUCAUUAAAUUCACUAUUUAUAAAAGUAUGAAGUUUGAUUAAAUUAACUUUUCAAAUUGUUGAAGAUAUCCUUCAUUCGUUCGGCUGGUUUAUUUAAUUUCUUUUAGUGUUUAAAUUAUUUUUUUUCAAAUAUUGUUCAACUCUUCAUUUUAUUUUAUCAGCAAAUAAAAAAAAGAAAUGUGUUCUCGUCUGUUCUCAUGUUUAUUACAAUUCAUUAAAUUUGACCGAUAUAAGUCAGAAAUUUAUAAUCAUUCUGUGGCUUGGCAAUUAUAUGUGUUCAAACAUUGUUUUAUUUAUAAUGAUAGACGACCGUCCUUGUUUACGAUUUCAUUCAUGAUACAUCAACAGAGUUUAACUCAAAAUUUGAACGAAAAAAAAAAUACAUGUUAAUUUAUUUUCACGAGUUUGACUCAACAUAGAGUGAAAAAGUGUUGCCAUGCAAACAUGUUCAUUAGCAUAUAUCUGUAUUAGAUUUCAUUCAUAUAAGUAUAUCACGUGAUCACCUAGUUACUUCAUGAUGGAUAAACGUUUAGGUUAAACCCCAUGGUUAGAAUGUGUGGAAGAGCACUAACAUUUCUUACUAUAUUGUUCAUUAAAUUCACUAUUUAUAACGUUAGAGAACUCUGUGUAUUUUACUUCUUUGCUGUGAGCUUGUUGUGGUUUGGUGUGAUUUGAUACAAUAGGCAAAGUAAAACAUCCUUGAUUUUUUCACCGUGAGCAUAUAAGAUAAGGCAAGUACAGAUAAGCAUUGUAUUAAAGCAUUGUUAGCUCUUUUAUUUUAAAAGUAGUUACUUAUGCUUGUCAUUUUAUGUUGAUUCAGGGAACGAAAUAAAAACCGCAUCAAAGAGUUUGUAAUUUUGACAUUGUGACUUAUUGAUUCUAAGUUUGAUAUUGUGACACAUUAAAUUAAAGUUUGACAUGGCGAGUCGACAUAUUAAAUUUUAGUUUUGACAUUAUAACAUAUUAAAUUUUAUCGUUGCCAUUGCGACAUAUUUAAUUUUAAUUUUAACAUAGUGACAUAUUAAAUUCAAGUUUUGACAUGUUGACACAUUAAAUGUUGUUUGACAUGGUGACAUAUUAAGGUGAUUUACUUUGCCUGCAUUGUAUUGUGUUGUGUGAUGAUAUUGACAAACAGUGAUACUUGAUAGAGUUUAUUUAAUUAUUUAUAGAUUAAUUUAUACUUAUUUAUUAAUUCACACUUUUACAUUAGAAUAGAACACUAUUUCUUACACUAUCGUGGCAGAUAAGACAACAUUGAUACUGCACUUCCGGUUUAUUCAGAGAUAGCCUACUUGCACUUCCGGUUCAUUCAGUGAAAAUCUUACUGCACUUCCGGUCUGUUCACAUUUAUUCCAAGUGAAAACAUUAACUUUUCCUUUUUCCUUUUUUGAUAAGUUACAAAAAUAUUUUUUGAAAUAGUCAUCAAAGUAUUUAAACAAACUUUAUGUUGACUUGAAUAUGUCUUUUGGUUAUUUUUGUAGUUGAUUUCUAAUUUACAAACACCCCAUAUCAUACUUUUGUUCUUGUAGUUUAAAAACUAUAUUUAUUUUUAUGAAAUCAUUAAAAAUCUUUGACGUUUACCCAUAUCAUUCCAAUUCAUUAUAAAGCAGUUUUAUUUAGUCGUUUUGUUAUGGUAACAAUACGAUACUAUAUUUUUAUAUGGUGUUGUUAUGGUAACAAUACGAUACUAUAUUUUUAUAUGGUGUUGUUAUGGUAACAAUACGAUACUAUAUUUUUAUAUGGUGUUGUUAUGGUAACAAAACGAUACUAUUUUUUUAUAUGGUGUUGUUAUGGUAGCAAUAAGAUACUCUAUUAUAUAUGUUGUUGCUAUGGUAACAAAGCGAUACGAUAUAUGUGCAUGUUAAAUGUUGUCUUUUCUGUCAGUAUUCUUCUGCGUAUAUUUAUUUAACAAAUUAUAUAGUAUGUAACAUUGUAUGAUCUGAUGACAGAUCUGUUCCCUUAUCAAUCCGUCCAUGAUUUCUAGGGAUUUAGAAUUAUUUGUGUAAAAGUUGUGAUGUAAAUUAUUUUUGAGAAAUAUAUUUUUGAAUAAAAUGAUAGAAAACCCUUAAUAA